AUGGACCCCCUCCCCGCUCGUCCUUCCCGUAAAUCUCUAACGCCCCAGAGGAAGCACCAUAAGCUCCUCAAGGACGGAAGCGAAGUCUGGUCGGCAGACGUCGAAAAGAUCUUUGUUGACGGCCUUCACAAAUACUGGGAGUCUCCCUGGGCUACCUACUCUAGAGGCCGCUCCCGAUGGAGGAACCAGUUUCUCGUCGAGCACCUCAAAAAGCAUGGCAUCGAACGCUCCAAGAAACAGGUUGCCAGUCACAUCCAGGUCCUCAGGAAUAUGUGGAGAGGCGAGCCAGGUUCGUCCCCGCCCUCUUAUCUGAUACCCAUCGCCAGCUGGCUCACGCGUCGUCCAGAAUUCCACCUCGUCGCCGGCGGUGAGGAGCUCUUCCAGGAGAACGGCCUGCUCGCCUCUCCCAAAAGCUCCGCAGGCACAGAUUCCCCAGAACCGUUCUCUGCCAAUCUCGACAAUCCGGACUGGCGUAAUUCAUGGUCUUCCUCGGCCUCGUCGUCUGCGCCUGACUUCUCUACCUUCGAUCCUCAGCUCAACAGCCGUCCUCCCUCAGCCAUGUUCAGCCCUCCUGCCUCUAUGCCCAUGCCUUCCCUCCCUAUAUUGCCUGAUAUGACGUGUACUACAAUGUCAUCCGCGACCGUUCGCGGUCGUGGGCGGUCGGCCGUGAAAUUGGAACCGCUUGCCUUGGAGCCUACCUUGUUCAAUCUUCCACAGGCAUCGCAUCCCGAAUCACCCGAUUUUCCGUUCUUGCAUGCGCCAAAUCGGCUUUCCCACAUAGACCUCUGGGCGGACACGCCGCUUUCCACAGUUGACGUCGACCAGCUGACGGCGGCGCCGAUGGUGUCCCCCGCGUACAAUCAGCCUGCGCAGCCAUAUCGCAUUAUGCUGCACUACCGUGUGAAACUCCCCGCCGGAGAAAACUUUGGCCUACAAACAUGGCAGGGUGUCCAUGGUGCGGUCACAUUCGCAUCGCGGUGGACGACGGCCCAGUGCCACACAAAGGCGUGGGCGGGGAAGUUGUGUGUCAUGCAUGAGGUAGGCGUGCUUGAGCCAUUCAACGCCCAACAGCCUUCCAGCAGUGCCAAUACCAUCGACAUGGUGCCUCCCAUGCCAAUGGCCUGCCUACCCGAAUCAGCGCUCAGCCAGUGCAGGUGGCUCGAACCCAGUACGUAUGCAGCAUCUGGCGUCCUCGCCGGCCAAUGUCGUCCGCAUGCUGACCACGUGUACUCUUUCCCAGACGUGCAGACCGUCACGCAGCAGUUCGUCGUCGACAAGGAGGUCCUCGCCGUUACCAGCUACACGCUCGACCGCACCGCAGACCCGGCCAGCGCGCCCAGUGUGGAGUUGGUUGGGUUUCACAAGGUUUCUUGGCAGACGCCGCCCUCACAGCCACAGCCAUCACCCUCCGCCUCACCACUCACACCGCAUUUGUUUCCCACCGUGUACAGCGCUCCUUUAGCGCCACAGCCGCCGUCGUCCAUGCGUGUGCCAGGCACCGGCGAGGAUGCCCCGCUUGCUUGCGCUUUGGAUUUUACUCGUGGUCCGUCAAUGCACGGCUCCGACCCGGCGCGACAUGUGCCGCACUACUAUUGA